UCCUUAUCCACAAGAAGCCCAGAACGUUCUCUUUUGCUCCGGUCUGAAGAAAAUGGCGUCCACAAACGCUCUCUCUUCCGCCUCCGUCCUCUGCUCUUCACGACAGGGAAGGCUGAGUGGUGGGAAUCAGCAAAAGGGUCAAAGAGUAAGCUACAGGAGACGUUUUACUGUUAGAGCUAAUAUAAAGCAGAUUGCUUUCGACCAGAACUCAAGAGCUGCUCUCCAAGCUGGUAUCGACAAGCUUGCUGAUGCUGUUGGUCUCACUCUUGGCCCUAGAGGGAGAAAUGUGGUGUUGGAUGAAUUUGGAAGUCCCAAGGUUGUGAAUGAUGGAGUCACCAUUGCUAGGGCUAUUGAGCUACCUGAUGCCAUGGAGAAUGCUGGUGCUGCUCUCAUCCGUGAGGUUGCGAGUAAGACUAAUGACUCUGCUGGUGAUGGGACUACCACUGCCUCUGUCCUUGCUCGGGAAAUCAUCAAACACGGAUUGUUGAGUGUCACUUCUGGUGCCAAUCCUGUGUCCCUCAAGAGGGGAAUCGAUAAGACUGUUCAAGCUUUGAUUGAAGAGCUUGAGAAGAAAGCUAGACCUGUCAAAGGUGGUAGUGACAUCAAAGCCGUGGCGACAAUCUCUGCUGGAAAUGAUGAGCUUGUGGGAGCAAUGAUUGCUGAUGCCAUUGACAAAGUUGGACCUGAUGGUGUUCUGUCUAUUGAAUCUUCAUCCUCUUUUGAGACCACUGUUGAAGUUGAAGAAGGAAUGGAGAUUGACAGAGGUUACAUCUCACCUCAGUUUGUUACAAACCCUGAGAAGCUACUAGUUGAGUUUGAGAAUGCAAGAGUGUUGAUCACUGAUCAGAAGAUCUCUGCAAUCAAAGACAUCAUCCCCAUCUUGGAGAAGACCACUCAGCUCCGAGCUCCAUUGCUGAUCAUUGCAGAGGAUGUUACUGGUGAGGCCUUAGCAACUCUUGUCGUGAACAAACUCCGUGGUGUCCUCAACGUUGUAGCCGUCAAAGCUCCAGGAUUUGGAGAAAGAAGAAAAGCUAUGCUUCAGGAUAUCGCAAUCUUGACAGGAGCUGAGUACCAAGCCCUUGACAUGGGCUUGCUGGUCGAAAACACAACCAUUGAUCAGUUGGGUAUUGCUCGUAAGGUGACCAUAAGCAAAGAUUCAACUACACUUAUCGCAGAUGCUGCUUCCAAGGACGAACUACAAGCUCGUAUUUCCCAGUUGAAGAAAGAACUGUUUGAGACUGAUUCUGUGUACGACUCAGAGAAGCUCGCUGAGAGAAUAGCCAAACUCUCUGGUGGUGUUGCCGUCAUUAAAGUCGGAGCAGCAACUGAAACCGAGCUUGAGGACCGUAAGCUUCGUAUUGAAGACGCAAAGAACGCAACAUUUGCUGCUAUCGAAGAAGGAAUAGUUCCUGGUGGUGGUGCGACUUUGGUGCAUCUCUCCACUGUUAUCCCUGCCAUUAAGGAGAAGUUUGAGGACGCUGAUGAACGUUUGGGAGCUGACAUAGUACAAAAGGCUUUGGUGGCACCAGCUGCACUUAUUGCUCAGAACGCUGGAAUAGAAGGAGAAGUUGUGGUUGAGAAGAUUAUGUUCAGUGAAUGGGAGCAAGGGUACAAUGCCAUGACUGACACCUAUGAGAAUCUGUUGGAAGCUGGAGUGAUUGAUCCAGCUAAAGUGACGAGGUGUGCUCUUCAGAACGCUGCUUCUGUUGCAGGUAUGGUACUGACAACUCAGGCCAUUGUUGUUGACAAACCUAAACCCAAGGCUCCUGCUGCUGCUGCACCUGAGGGCCUCAUGGUGUAAUGACAUCUGUUAUAUGAUCUGUUGUCCCCAAUUAUCUGCAUUGUUUUUUUUUUCUCUGGGGAAAUGAGUUGUAGCUUGUUAAACGAGAAAUAAUUAUCUUUUUGAGUUAAGGAUCGUUCUGAUUGCAUAAUAAAACUCUGAAAGGUUUUGUAUUUAGAAUGCUGGAGAAGUGGAGAUUCUGGAGCUACUCUGAAUGAUGUUUAUUGGCAGAGAAAGUAAAUCGGAAAUGUGAAUAACAAUCAUAUGGACAAAUGAGACUUCUGCAAUAACAUGUCCCAAUCAAACUCAUGUCAAUGCCCUUAGCUCAUCAUAUAUAUCCUCCUUAUCUACUACUGCUUCACCUUAUUCAGCCUGCUGUUGUUUACAAACCAUUCCCACCUUCAUCAUUAUUAAUGCGACUCUAAUGCAGUAUAUGAACACCAUCCUCUAGACACAUAUUAUGCAGACUCAGUAAUAGUCUUAGCCUAAUAUGUGCUGCUCUUUUAUGGUUUCUCUGUUUCCUAAGCCAUUGGUCUCCUCAAGAGCGUACAACACAUGCAUCUUUCAGAUAUAAUCACCACGUUGACUCUCUUUUGUCUAAUACCUGAAUCCAUGUUAGAUUUACCAUAUCAAAAGGCUUGUAAUCUCAGUCUUAAGGAGCCAGGACAGCAGAUAAGUCUUCCUCUCCCUUCACCACAUUGGAACAAGAAUUUGGUUUGAUGCCGCUCUUAACAACGAAUGUAGUCAUCAUCGCUGCCUCUUCCCGGUUUACUUCAAACAAUGCGUCAGCUAACUUUUCAAAUAAUGUGCCAUCAGGAAUAAAUCCUUCCCUAACCAUCUCAGCCACCACUUCCAAAGCGUUAUCCAUCAUUCCUGCUCCGUAACACCCGUCAAUCAACGUCGUAUACAUUGCUUCAUCCAUCUCAAACCCAUUCACUCUCAACUCACUCAACAAUCUCAUCGCUUCACACACUUUCCCUGCUUUGCACAGGCCAUUCAUCAACCCCCAAUACGUAUCCUUAUUCGAAACUACACCUCGAGAACUCAUUCCACUCUGUAUCUCAAACGCUUUCUCCACUAAUCCCAACCGAGAAUACCCAUUAAUAAUCAAAUUAUACAGAUAAGUCUCCACCUUAAG